CACAAGACAAGUUAUAGAGAUACAGCAGUUACACAGCACAGCUCAUUGCAACCUAUGAGGUAUGAUGGAGACUGUCAAUCCUUCAGGCUCCUUUCUCUCCAGCUUGCUCAUCUUCCUCUUCCUUGAGACUUACACAUUGGCAUCAGAGCAGUUCUCAGUGAUUGGACCUACAGAACCCAUCCAGGCCCAGGUAGGGGGAGAAGCAGCCCUACCAUGUCACCUUUCUCCCCAGGAGAGUGCUCAGCACAUGAAAGUGAUCUGGUCUCGAUCACUACAAAUCGUGCAUCACUAUGAAGAUGGGGAGGAUAAGUUUAAAGAUCAAAGUCCUGAUUACCGAGGGAGGACAGAGCUGGUGAGAAAUGGCAUCACUAGUGGAAAUGUUACCCUGAGGAUAUGGAACAUUAGAGCCCUAGAUGAAGGAUGGUAUAAAUGUCAUUUUGACAAUGGUUCUCAUCAAGAAGAAGCUGAUGUGAAGUUAUGUGUCUCAGGUGAGGGAGCUGAACAACAUAUACUACCAUGGUUGAUCAUCUUAACUGGGAUCAUCAUUGUAGAGUGGGUUCUGUCAUUUGUCUUUUCUGUGGUUUUCCUCCUACGAGGCAGAGAAAACAUUCUCCAGAUCUUUCCUUGGUCAUGGGAGAUAAAUGGGAUCCUGGCUGUGACGUCAGCAUUUGAAAUUGGCUUCGCCAUUUGUUAUCUGUGGAUGUUGCACACAUGUGGAGGACUUGUUUACAGAGAGAAGUUCAACUGUAUGGACUGGCUCGUUUGGAUAAUCUUCGUGAUCUAUGUUGUUUUCCAUGCUGUUGGACUUGUGAUUGAAAUCCUAUUUGUCAUCUGCCUAUGUCUGCUAUAUAUGAUAUAUAGGCCCUGGGCCACUGAAAAGAUGGAUGAGGCAUAUGCUGUAGAAUCAUAAAUGUGCUGACUUUACCACUGAAGUGUGACUCUGAUGGGAACUCGAACUACUUUCUCCUGAUUAGCCCUCUGCUGUUGGGUCACAAGAAGAUUCCUUGAGUUUCAGAAGAGACUCUUUAUCACCCUUACUUAUCUCCUGUGGAGAGUGGGACUGAGGAAGUUUGCCCUCUAGUGUGUGUCUCCCCACCUCAAGUCUCUUCCCACUCAAAUCUGUCUUCCACGCAGCUAUUACAAUGUUCUUCCUAAAAUUCAGUGGCCAAUGACAUUGACCUUCUGGCUGUGUCACAAAAAAUACUCUCUCUCCCAACUCUCUCAGUCUCCCAUACCUGGCAUGAUCUGCCUCUUCACCUCCAUGUCCCAGCUUCCCCGACUUUCUUCCAGCCACAGCCCAAAAUUCACCUUCUGCCAUUCCUGGUCCUUCCACCCAUCCCCCAACUCCUAAUGUUUUCCCUCUGAGAUUACUCUGUAUAUA